GGCAAAACGACAACCACGGAACGGAUGCUGUACUAUAGUGGUGUCACAGCACGUGUCGGCGAUGUCGACUCUGGAAACACAGUGACUGACUUCCUCGAGCUCGAAAGAGAGCGAGGCAUCACGAUCCAAUCGGCGGCCAUCACCUUCAACUGGCCCCUACAGGAGGUAUGCCCCCCAGGAUCUCAUCCCAAGACCAUCAAUCUCAUCGAUACUCCUGGACAUCAAGACUUUCGUUUCGAAGUCGAUAGAUGUCUGCCGGUUCUCGAUGGAGCUGUCUGCAUCAUUGACUCCGUCAAGGGAGUCGAAGCACAUACGGAGAGAGUUUGGUCCUCUGCCCAGGAGCACGCCAUUCCACGCGUAGUCUACGUCAAUAAACUCGACCGAGACGGCGCAUCCUUCCGCAAGUCUGUGCUCGAGGUGGGCACGCGGCUCAAUGGCUGGCCGUUGGUCUGUCAGAUCCCCUGGUGGGAGAAGGAGAACUUUGUUGGUGUCAUCGAUGUCAUCGAUCGCGUCGGCUACCGGUGGAAAACCGAGAAGCAGAAAAUCACGUAUCGGGGCGAGGCUUUGGACAAGGCUCUUGCAGGAAACAAAGCCCUUCUUGACGAGAUUGAGGUUGCGCGUGAGCGCCUCGUGGAGGGUUUGGCUGAGCUGGACGAACCGAUUAUGGACCUGUUCGCCGAGGACCCCGCAAAGAUCACAAACCAAACCCUCAAGGAUGGCAUCCGUCGAGCCGUGCGAAGCGGUGACGGCAAGGCGAUUCCCGUCUUUGCCGGGGCCAGCUUCCGACACAUUGGUGUUGAACCACUGAUGGACGCCAUCAUCGACUACCUGCCCAGCCCCAAUGAGAGGCCGGAUCUGCAUGUCCAGACUGGCGAGGGGAAGCAUAGCCUUGCAAAGCUUCUCCAUGAGCAUUCGGAGAAAAAAGGGAAGCACGCCAGGAUAGCAGCAGUCGCCUCCGUAUUCAAGGUUUUCAACCAUCCGACGGAGGCGGCCAAGACCGAGGUCGUACAACACUUGUCGACGGGCCAGAUCGGGGCAAUGAAGGGCCUGAAGAAGGCGCGCACGGGAGACACGCUGCUCGCUACCGUGGGAUCCAAAACGCUCCCCGAGGGCCUGAGGCAUAUCCAGAUUCGCCCCCCCGAGAUCCCCCCCGCUGUCGCGUUCCUCGCCAUGGACCCAUAUGGCAACGUGGCCGCGCAGGAGCUGGAGACGCUCCUGGACCAAAUGUCACGACAGGACCCAAGCCUCAGAUGGAACCGCGACGAGAAAACCGAGCAGUUCAUUUUGCAGGGCAUGGGUAAACUGCAUCUCGAAGUGGCCUUGCACCACUUGAAGCAGAAUAUGAAGGGCCAGGUCGACUUUGGCACCAUCGAAGUCGACUACAAAGAGUGUCUGACUACGUCCACGGACCCGCACACCAUCGUCUUUGACAAGCCCGUCGCCGGCAAGGCCGGCAAGGUCACCUCGAGCUCAAGUUCGAUACCCGCAGCAGAUGUCACGCGUCGUGGCCGCAUGGCGCGGGGGGGCUCGUCGCAGCAGCCCAUCCAGGGAUGCCACGUCACCGUGACGGUCGACACGGACCCCGUCGGCCGUGGCGGGCCGACGGGCGGCCACUUUAGGGCGCAGCGCACCGCGUCGUCCGCGAGGCCCCUGACCGAGGCACACAGGCGGCAGGGCGUCGGCCUGCUGGAGCCCGUCAUGCUCGUGCACAUUAGCUGUCCCGAGACGACAGCGGGGCAGAUCCAGCACGACAUCAGCUCUGGCGCGGGCGACCACGUGCUCGAGGUCAGCGACCGGUCGGCCGAAGGCAGCGCGAGCGCCAUUGACGCGGGGAGCAUUUACGCGCCGCCGGACCCCUACGACAGCGUCACGUCGCUGCGCGAGAAGAAGUCGACGCGCAUGGUGGAGAUUGUGGCCAAGGUGCCGUUCAAGGAGGUGCUCGACUUUGAUCAGCAUCUGCGGAGCAAGACGGGCGGGCGACACUCGAUGACCAUGGCAUUCGAC